AUGACCCGAAACCGCUUCAUCAUCGGUGGACCCGCUCCGUGGCCCGCAUUCACAGCCGUGAACGAUUCUAUCCGUGGUGGAAGCUCGACCUCGUCCUUCGCGGUCAACCACGAAACGAAUGUCGCGACGUUCGCGGGUCACCUUGACUACACCACUCUCGGAGGAGCCGGCUUCGCCUCCCAGUCAACGACCUUCGAGCCCUCCCGCCUCUCGCUCCCCCGCUCUACUACCUCCGGCCUCUUCCUCACCUUCCUCCCGCCUCUUUCUCCUCCUUCGCACAAGACACCGACGAAGUUCACUCUCAAUAUCAAGGACAGUAAGCCGGAGCGAAGACCGGACGGGCGGAGGGAGAGCGUGACUGUCUAUGAGUUCGAGGUCGACGUUGAGGAGUACCGGGACGACGGGCUAUUUGACGAGAAGGUAGAUGCAGAUGUCGAGAAGGGAGAGGGGAAGGCGAGGAGGAGCGUGACGGUGUUGGCCAAGUGGGACGACUUCAAGCCUUUUUACCGCGGCAAGCCCAAGGAGGAUGCGGCGCCGCUUGACCCCUCAGCCAUCUACGAGCUCAGCUUCAUGUGCCGCUCCAACUUCGGCCAACAGCAAGGCGACUUCUCGCUCGACAUUGUCUCGCUCUCGGCCGCUCCCGCUCACUCAACAAGCAGCAAUUGGUUUCGAACCGUCUGUCAGACUGUGAGCGGGUGGUGGAGCAGGCUGGUGGGCGCGGUGUUGAGUUUGUUCGGGCGCGAGAGUCGAGACGGAGCGGUGCGGCUUGAGUAG